AGAAAAUUCACAACAAAAACAAAUAAACAAAGUAACACAACUGUAAUUUAAAAAAUGCUGUGUAUCGUUGUUAAAAUUUGGAACAAAUAUAAACUGCAUUAAAUUUUGGCUAGUUUUUGUAAAAUCAAACAGUUAUAAUGUGAUGCGAAAAUCUUUCAAAGGAGUAAAUUUAUUCCAACCGGCGGAUAACUGACGUAACCGUGCCAUGACAACAUCGUUUUGAUCAGACAAAUUAUAAUAAAGUUAGAGAAUUAAUUUCCUUUGAAUAUCUCGGCGGAAAUUAUGAAUUUUGUCUAGAGCCAUUAGUUUAAAUAUCCUACGAGUUGGCUGAAGUGGCGAGAAAAUGUAUGCUAGUUAAAUUAUGGUCUGAUUUUCGGGGCAGUUGUUUGUUAUUAGUGCUUAUUUGAUGUAAUCGACGCAAUGAACGACCCGUGGGACGUUAAAUCUGUGAGACAGUCGAACCAGUACAUGUCUUGCAUGAAGAUAAAUGGGGUACCACUUCUGCCGCCAGUGCUGUCCAAGGAAUGUCGUAAAGAAAUGCAGUACUAUAAACUAUUAGCUAAAGAAGUUGAAAAACGCAUACAAACCCUCAAGCCAUUUGUAGUGGAGAGUGACACCGAGUCCAAUGAGGAUAAAACUGAUGCACCAGAACUACCCGAGUCAGAACAGAGCUUUGAACUGCCCGUCGAAGUUAUUCAAGCUGCUAACAAUGAUAAAGAAAAUAAAGUAAUAUUCGACGAGGCUAGUGAAAAAUGUCUCAACGAAAGUUCUGGUAAAAUAUUUCUAACAAGCAAUACAUACGACAAUAUCAGCUCUAAUUUUACAGCUGAUGACAGCCCGUCUUCUAAAUUAUCAUCCAAGUUAGUGAUAGAUUUAAGUUUAAGUAUCAACGAAACUGGCAAAAAUUUACUUGAUAGCUUAAACAGCUCACAAACAGCACCUAAUGACUUACCAGAACGAGAUUAUGAUUGUCCUAAGAGUGAUCAGAAAGAAUUAAAUGGUGUGGUUGAGAAAGUCAAUGAUGGAGCGACUACUGUACAAGAUGAUCAACUUACAUUGCUAGUUAGUAUUAAUAAAGAUUCUGUAUCUGAUCCGAUCACUCUGCAGUUUAGUCCAGAUGAUCCUCCUUCUUUAAGUUCAAAAAGCUUUACGGGCUCUCUCAAUGAUAUCCAUACGGAGAGUUUGAAACAAUCUCCUAUACCCUUAACUCGUCAAAGGUCAUACACGCUGUUAAAGCCGAGUCCCAUGCUUUUGGCACAUUUGGAGGUACAAUCGAUAAAUACGGGUAUGGAAGUUACUUCGAUAUCAAUGAGUGAAUCUCUUUCUAAUAUAAGUUGUUCGAAUAAAAAACGAAGGAGCUGGGAUUUAGAAUCUGCUAAAGUGAAAUGGUCUUCCAUGGCUUUAGAAUUGAAAGAGAAAAACAUAAAUAACGGUAAGACUAAUAAUACAAAUAAAAAUUCUGUUACAAGACCUACUGUAAGAAAGGCUCAAACAUGGCCUCCAAAAGCAAAGUCGUUAGCCCACGAUAAAAUCAAACGUAACUCUCCCAAAGCAGUAACGAAAUCUGAUCCUAUACAAAAACCGAGAAAAACGCAUAGCCCUGUACGAAAUUCUACUCUACACAGUAACUCUAACAAUAAAACACCAGUAAGCCAAGCAAACCAAGUUAAUAAUCAAAAGAAAGAAGCUGCUAAGAAAAACUUUAACAACGAAUCAGACGAUCCCGCGACUCGUGUGAAAGAACUUUAUGAGAAAAUCCAAAAACAACAAUUUAUCCAAAUGGCCAAUCUCGUUGAAAAACAAAAGAAGGAGCAGAUGCUUUUGCAACAAGUAUUCGAAGAACAGAAUAAUUUGCUUAUCACGCAGUUGAAAACUAUAUGUCCUGAAUCUCCAAACGAAGUUAAAGAAGCCUGGGUUGAUAAAACUCAGGAAACUGAGAGAGGUCCAGUGAGUUUGAGUCAGCUAAUAAAUCACAAGUCUGAACAAAGUGCAUGCGAAACCCCUGUUCUUUCAACCUUGACUGAAACAAACGACUAUAUAAAUUAUUGUGAUAAUGUGCUUAAAAAGUCUAGAGAUAUAACUGGAAGUAUGAGGAAACAGCAAGAUAAGAAAGGUCAAGAAAAUGAAAAGAUUAGUCCAAAACCUAACACAGAUGGUAGCAGAACGCGAACCCAUUCUCCAGUGCGUAAGAAUACGCCGACAUCGAGGAAACUUACAUACGAAACAAGCGCUUCAUCGGAUCGAGAUUACGAUCCGAUUCUAACCGAUCGAACGAACGAUACGAUGGCAGAUCUGAACGUUACUUUUCCUUCCGACCAUAGCGACGAAUGCCAACCUUUUAAUACAUACGGGCCUGCUAGAGAAACUCCAAUUUCAAUACCAACUUGUAGAUCCACGGACAGAGCUAUUCGAAGCAUGGAGGAAACAAUACAAAACUCUAUAAACAGUAUGUCCAUUAGAACAACCAAGCCUAAUCUUUUCAGGACGCCCACGGCACAAGAGCGGGCAGCGGCUACUAAGAUAGUGGCUCACGCCAAAGGCUUUCUAGUUCGGCGGCUCAUGAGAUCAGAAAGGGUACAGGCCACCGUGCAGACGAUUAAAGACGCCCUUCUAUGUGCCCUGCAACUGCACCAAGAUCGAGAGGGCAUUAGAGGCGCUGAUGUAGAUCUGCAUAGGCGACUUAUACAGCAGAUAACAGCAGCGUGCUACUCGCUGCACGACACGUUCAUAGCGAGCUCUGCGGCGGAGCGGUGCGCGCUCAUCGCGGCCGACCGCAGCCGCCGCCGCUCGCUGGCCGCGCGCACCUCGCCCGCCCUGGCCCCGCCCGCCCACAAGUACCGCCCCACGGAUGUCAUGUCACAAAGUCACAGUGGCGCGUUCCCGGCGCGCAGCAAGCGACCCGCGCCCGCGCUCAUGACUCAGUCUAAUUAUGAGACAUUUAGCAGUGACAAGAGCUUGAUGCGUCGCUAUAUGCCAAGCCCGCGACGUCGUCCGUGGCGUUGACCGCGAGACAGUCUGUACAGUGCCUUGCAUCCAAGCUGAAAGCGUAACUGGAUCAUAAAAAUAAUAUAUCAAUUAUAAUAUAUAACGCUUCUUAAAUUUACAUUUCAUUAUUGUUGCUUUUUUAUAUAUUUUCAUUGCGUUAACAUCACUGGAAGUGUUGUAAAUUUUACUAUUUAUGUUCAAAUUAUACAUCUGUCAAUUUUGGUACAAAAAUCAUGUUAUAGUAUUAUUUUAAAAAAUGUUCUCAAUAGUUUUAUAUAAACAUUAUAGUGCUUUUCUUUGAAUAAUAUUAAAUAAGUAAAACUAUGCAAUAAAAAGUACAUAAGAUAUUUUUUAAAUUUUAAGAUUUAGAGGCAUCUGUGACAGAUAACAAAUAUUCACAAUUAAACUGCCUAACAAAUAGUUUGUAAUACAUAACUAACAAUAUAAAUACAUAAUAACUCACUCUAAAAGAUGGUAAUUAAUAGUAUAUCUCUGGUAUAAAGGAAUUAAAACAUGUUAUUCAAUCAUUCCAUUAUUAAUAAGCAUUGUAUUAAACUUUUUAUAUUUUUAUAGUUUUAGAAAAAUUAGUUCUGUGUUUAGAAUAUGUUUAAAGAAAAGAUUUUUACUUUCAACUACUUUCUACGAUUGUAACUGCUGUUAAUAUUGGGUAGAAUUGUAUUUAAGGUAUUUAUUUUUGAUUUUGUAAUAACUUUUUAACUUUUAUAUUGAUUUGCGUGCUAAACUAAAUUUUGUCUAUUGUUUUCAUACACAAAUGACCAUUUACUAAGGAUUUCUAGUCACAAAUUUCUCUACAAUUUUAGUUUAUAUAAAAAAGUUUAGGUGCUUUAAAAAAAGGUUGUACUCAUACUGAUUUGCUAUUAGACAGUUUUAAACCUCUUUUUUAUAGAACUUUGUGUCAUUUUUACAAGAUACAUUGACUGGAAUAAAACAAACAUUCGCUCGAA